AUCUGGAAUGAUUACAAGCUUCGGUGGAAUCCAGCAGACUACGGCGGUGCUGAAUUCAUCCGAGUACCAUCUGGCCAGAUCUGGAAGCCAGAUAUUGUUUUAUAUAACAAUGCAGUUGGGGAUUUCCAGGUGGAUGACAAGACAAAGGCUCUAUUAAAAUACACGGGUGAUGUGACCUGGAUACCUCCGGCUAUAUUUAAAAGCUCAUGUAAAAUAGAUGUAACCUAUUUCCCAUUUGACUAUCAGAACUGCACCAUGAAGUUUGGUUCCUGGUCUUACGAUAAAGCCAAAAUUGACUUAGUUUUAAUUGGCUCUACAAUGAACCUGAAAGAUUACUGGGAGAGCGGAGAAUGGGCUAUUAUUAAAGCUCCUGGGUAUAAACAUGACAUCAAAUACAACUGCUGUGAAGAGAUAUAUACAGACAUCACAUAUUCUCUUUACAUUAGGCGUUUACCCUUAUUUUACACUAUCAAUAUGAUUAUUCCAUGUCUGCUGAUUUCUUUUCUGACUGUACUAGUUUUUUAUUUGCCUUCAGACUGUGGUGAGAAGGUAACACUCUGUAUAUCAGUCCUUCUAUCUUUAACAGUGUUCCUUCUUGUUAUCACAGAAACUAUACCUUCUACCUCCCUGGUAAUUCCACUUAUUGGGGAAUACCUCCUUUUCACCAUGAUCUUUGUAACUCUAUCUAUUGUCAUCACAGUAUUUGUACUUAACGUGCACUACAGAACACCCAAGACACACACAAUGCCUGUGUGGGUGAGAACCAUUUUCCUGAACUUACUUCCCAGGAUCAUGUUUAUGACAAGGCCUGCCAGUGAUGAAGAGAAUAAUCAGAAGCCAAAACCACUUUUAACUUCUGAGUUUUCAAACUUAAAUUGCUUCAACAGUUCUGAAACCAAAUGCUGCAAAGAUGGCUUUGGAUGUCAACAUAUGGCAUGCAGCUGUUGUCAGUAUCAACGAACGAAGUUCUCUGAUUUCAGUGGCAAUCUCACAAGAAGUUCAAGCUCUGAGUCUGUAGAUCCUCUGCUUUCAUCUUCAGUUCUGUCACCACAAAUGAGAGAUGCUAUUGAAAGUGUUAAAUACAUUGCAGAAAAUAUGAAAAUGCAGAACGAAGCAAAAGAGAUUCAGGAUGACUGGAAAUACGUUGCCAUGGUAAUUGAUCGUAUUUUUCUAUGGGUUUUCAUCCUGGUAUGUAUUCUAGGAACAGCAGGAUUGUUUUUACAACCUUUGAUGGCUGGAGAUGAAAUGUAA